AUGGCCUUCAGCUCCAACGCACUUCUCUCGCCUAUGUCUGCGACGUUUCCCUCGAAGCAGUAUGCGACACUGGGUCCUAGCGACUCCGUCUCCCAGAGAGCCUCGCCGGCCUCGCUAUAUACACCGGCGAGCGCCACCUUUCCCUAUACUCCAGCGAGCGCAACCAGCGGCACCAUGGACAGCGAAGCCACCUCGAUGAGCGCCUCACAGAACCCCAACCCUUUCAACUUCCAGACGGUCGCCUACCAGCCCGGGGGACUACAGGCCAAAACCAACGAUAUCGGACGACGACGGGGACACAAGUACAAGCACAGUAGUGUGUCACAUCAGAUCUUCCUAGAACCCGCACCGCGCGCGCCGUUGCAGCUCCCCGCCUCGCUGCCCAUCCCCACAUUCAAAGAGUACCGCUCGUCCAUGUCAAAGGACCAAAAGCUACGCUUAGCAUGGUGCUUCUGCCACUUGGUAGUAGCGGGGCUUGUGCAAUGGGGCGCGCACGAGUCAUUGGCUCUUACCGUGCUGUCCCGGCUCAUCUUCUACGACGCUCUCGGGGCUUUUCUGUGCGUCGCGGUAGACGUCGGGGCCAACUUUGAAGUGUGGAAGCGGUCGAGCAUACGUCAUCCCUUUGGCUUCGAGCGUCUAGAGGUCAUUGCCGGACUGGGCAUGUCUGUUGGACUGUUGUUCAUGGGGCUGGAUCUCAUAUCUCACGGCUUGACGCAUGCACUCGAAAACACAGGCGGACACCAGGCACAUCACGGGACGGCCCACGAAAGGGUCUCGCCCGGAAGCAUUGACGUGGCUGCGCUGAGUGGAAUUAUCUCGACGCUGGUCUCUGCUUUUUUGCUCAAGAACCACGCGCGCAUAGGAAAGGUGAUGAGGUUGAGUGCCAUCGCCAACCUGCCGUCGGUGCUGAGCAACCCGUCGCACUUUCUUACGCUGUCUUGCUCAGCAGUUCUCCUUGUCUUGCCAUUGUUGAGCAUUCAGAUGUACGUGUGGCUAGACCGGACACUUUCUUUUUCGGUUGCAUUUGCAAUGGUUGCACUAGGGUGGAUUCAGGGAUGGACAUUGGGCAAGAUGCUGCUCAUGUCUUAUUCGGGACCGGGCGUGGCGGAUGUCAUGUACGACCUGGAGACGGACCCAGCAGUGCGAACGGUAGAGGAGGCGAAAUUUUGGCAGGUGCACUAUGGACUGUGCCAGGCAAACCUAAAGCUACGAGUACGGAAUCUGGACGAGAUUGGGCGCCUGCGGGACCGCGUCGGCAGCAUGGUGCGCAAUCGCUUGGGCGGCGGAUACGGCAGCGGAGGGCAGAAAUGGGAAGUGUCGACCCAAAUUACGCUGGAGAGGGAUUGA